CACAUGCACUUACUUGACUUUUUUCCUCUUUGGGCACGAGGCAUCCAACAGGUCGUGGCCCUUAGUUCCGCCUGCUACAAUCAAUCUGAAGCUAUUCGAAGUAUCCGCGAGCUCCUAUCUAGCGAUUUUCGACGGACUGCGCCCACGGCGCGUGUACACACGAGAGAACACGCGUUCGCUACCACCAUCAGCUUCAAGUCACUACAAUAAAGCGAGCAUUGCCGCAGGAGACCAGCAAUCAUCCCGCUCGACUCCUUUCUUUUUCCUUUUCCUACACCAACCGACAAAAUGGCGGAGAUCCCAGAGCUGCUGGGACCCUGCAAUUUUGAGGCCUGGAAGCGUACAGUACGCGCUCAUCUCGCAGCAACUCGCAGCGCCGCCUUCAUCUCCGCCAACCCGCCAGCAAGACCUGCGGGUGAUGAGGAUAGCGAGGAAGUCUCCAAGUGGCUCGCUCGGCGUACGAUGGCGUGGUGGCGUAUCCGCAGCAGUAUCGACAAAGUUGUGGUACACCUCGAAAUGGCCGGUUGGAAGCCCGCUAAAGACGAUGAUGAUCAAGAUCCCAAGGCGCUGUGGGACAAGGUGGUAGCCACGAUCAGCGAGAUGGCUCACGCCCGGGUGCACGUUUUGAUCAAGGAGUACCUCAGCAUGACAGUCGAAAAGUAUGGCGGCGACGUUAAGAAGUAUGCGGAGCGGUGGUUUCAGGUUCGCCAAGCGAUGGACCAGGCCGGGUUCAGCAUCCCCGACGAGAGGCAAAUCAACAACCUCAUUCACGGCCUCGGAACCUUGUACCCCAAUUAUGUCGCGGUGGCUCUGGAUGACCACAAAGGAGAGCGUCGAACGCCUGCCAACCUCAUAUCUGCUGUGUUCGAGCGCGUCGAACUGAUGAGCUCCUCGGCAACAAUCAAUUCAGACAACAUCGACGACGGCGCAUCAGAUCAUCAAACCGCUUCCGCACGAAACUGGUCCGGACGUCAGCGGUGGCGUCGCUAUUGAGGACAUCCACAUCCACGGCAUCGCUCGAGUUGCUCAAUGUCAAAGUCUGCGAAGCAAGUCGUCAGCUCGUCUUGGAUGUUCCAAGGCCUCGCCUUGGAAAUGACCGGGGAGGUCUCCCCGUGGCACCCAAAUAUGACACGCCACCAAAGCUCCCCCAGCGGCGGCUUUCCGGGAGGCUAGUGUCAAGCGGAGGAAGUCUUGGAGGCAUACUGCAACCUCAGUGCCCCCAUACUAGACAGUAAUAUACACGGCUUGGCAAUUAAUCCAGGCGAGCCACACUCGGUUGCAGUUUGACCCCCAA